AUGCACCUGUUCCUCCAGAUCACUGCCAAGGACGAUGUUUCCCUGUUUGACCACACGUCCGGCGUAGCUCUCGCACCUGCUGCUACCGCUGACAGUACAGCUCGCUCACAGUGGCAGACCCGUGACGCUCACGCUCGCCUAGCCGUUCGCAGCCACCUGCCGUUAGAUGAGCGCGAGCACUUUGGCCAGCAUAAGACCGCUAAGGAGCUGUACGAUGCUGUAGUUGCGCGCUACUCCUCCCCAGCUACUGCUGCGAUAGGCCGUCUCUCGCUGCCCUAUCUCUUCCCCGAUCUGGACCACUUUCUUGCCCUCUCCCCCUCUGACCUCACUGUCGACCUGCUCGAGAAGGAACUCCUUGCAGCUGAGAAGAGUAUUGUAGCUGUAGGUGCCUCUCGUGGCGACCCUCGCACUCCCUUCUUUGAGGGGUGUUCCCCCGUCCCCCUUCUCCCCUCCAUUGCAUCUGCUGCUGCUGUCGACUACCUCGGUGCUGAGGAGGUCGGGGCUGCGUCUGCUCCCAGUUGGAGGCGCAAGGGUGGCAAGGGCAAGGGGGGCAAGGGUGGUGGAGGUGGAGGCGGGGGCGGCGGUAGUGGAGGGGGUGGAGGAGGCGGGGGUGGUGGCGGUGGUGGGAGUGGUGCUAGUGGGGGGGGGGGCAGUGGCGGAGGCGGGGGUGGUGGCGGCGUCGGCAGUGGGGGUGGCGAGGGUGGUGGUGGCGGGGGUGGCGGCGGUGGAGCUGGUGGCGGGCGCGGUGGAGCGGUGCAGCGUGGAGGGGUCGGUGGUGGCCAGAGGCAGCAGCAGCAGCGUCCCAUCGAGACCCCGUCCCCCCAGCAGCUCCGUGAGUGGUACUCUCAGCGUGGGGGGUCUGGGGGUGGAGGUACUUGCCCGUACCUUAUCCGCACAGGUGACCGCACUGGCCAGACCUGUGGGAGGUUCCACACAGCACACCGCUGCUUCUUUCGUCUCGACGACGCCUGGCGUGCACAGUUUCCUGACGCCACUGAGCUGCCCCGCUGGGCUGAUCUGAUGAAAAAGAACAUUGAUAUCUUUGCACUUGACUUUGAUGCUAUCCUUGGGGCCAUGUAUGCAUUGACUAUUAGUGUUGAGGGUGACUCUUACCUGCGUGUACCGCCAGACCCGGGUAUUGGGACCAGUGAGGCUGCCGCUCUAGGUGCUAGUGCGUCUGCUGCCCUAGGUACUGGUCAGGCUGCCGCUCUAGGUUCUAGUGCGUCUGCUGCCCUAGGUACUGGUCAGGCUGCUGCUCUAGGUGCUAGUGAGUCUGCGGCUCCAGGUGCUCGUGCGUCUGCGCCUGCUGGUACUGCGUCUACUGAGGCACUGCACACCUUCACACUGGACUCGGGUGCUUCCCGCUGUUUCUUUCGUGACCGCACUGCCCUUGAGCAGCUUGCUCGGCCAGUUGCAGUCUCCCUCGCUGACCCCUCUGGGGGUCCGGUCAUUGCGACCUCCUCCACUGUCCUUCCUUGUCCUGCGGUCCCGUCGGGCACACUGUCAGGUCUCUACCUCCCCUCGUUCUCUACGAACUUGGUGGCGGGUCGUGCGCUCCAGGACGGGGGUGUCCACCAGUUCACCCCUGCCUUCGAGCGCGUGACACACUGCACGUGUGCUCGGACGGGUCGCCACCUGGCUACCUUCACUCGGCAGCCGGGGUCGGACCUGUACACACUGACCACCGAGUCCCCCCAGGUAGCUGCGUCUGCGUCUGCGUCAGGUCAGCUGUCGGCCCCUGCUCGUGUCGCUCCCUGUCGCACGAGACCGUCCUCUGGCACCACCGCCUUGGUCACCCGUCAGUGCAGCGCCUUCGUGGCAUGCACUCCCGGUACCUUGUCUCUGGUCUUCCCAGGGUUCUCCCUCCCCUCCCACCCUCGCCUGCUCCUCCCUGUCUUCCCUGUGUCGAGGGGCGGCAGCGCGCCGCUCCUCACUCCUCCUCGUUUCCCCCGACGACUGCUCCCCUGCAGACGCUCCACAUGGACGUGUGGGGCCCAGCCCGCGUCCGUGGACAGGGUCACGAGAGGUACUUCUUGA